AUGGCGGCUCCGGCUCUGCCCUGCUGCCUGUCCCUCCUCAUCCUCCUCUUGCCCCUGGCCAUCCCUCAGGCAUCUACAUCAGUGAACGCCAGCCCCACAAGCCACAUUUUCACGGCAUUUGCUUCCAACAUCACAUGCUUCUACAACUCAAGAGCCAACGUCUCCUGCAUCUGGAGCCAUGAUGAGGGCCUGCAGGCCACCACCUGCUGCUUGCACAGCCAUCAGCCUAAGAGGUGCCAGGUACAAAGGUGGAGGUGGGAGCUCGGCUCGGCUUUCUCAUCUCAGCAUCAGCAUGUGGCAUCCCCCAAGCUUGUUCUCUCUGCCUUUGUCUCUCUCCUGUCUCCAGUUCGUUUGGUUCCACCCCACUCACUCCAAGUCGCCCACGUAGAGACGCAUAGGUGCAACAUAACCUGGACCAUCUCCCAGGUAUCCCACUACAUCCAAAAUGACAUGGAGUUCGAGGCCCGGUUAAGGUACGCCGACCACAGCUGGGAGGACACCCCACUGCUGACCCUCAGGCAGAACCAGAGAUGGAUCUACCUGGAGAAUCUCGCUCCAGGCAUGGAAUAUGAGCUUCAGGUGCGGGCCAAGCCCCAGCUAGGCAGGCAUGGGGUUUGGAGCCACUGGAGCCAGCCCCUGGCCUUCAGGACGGUCCCUGCAGCCUUCUACUACCUGGGCCGAGGGAGCCGGAGCCCGGCCCUGGGGAGAUGGCUGCGGUCCCAGCAGCGGAGAGAAGCGGAGAGAGCGCGUCGCAGCUCCAUGUCCCAGCCAGUCAUCAUGACCACUGUCAUCACGACCACCGUCACCGUUACCAUCACCAUCAACUCCAUCAUCAUCACCAUCGCCAUCGUCAUCAUCCUCUUCUAA